CUCGAUGUUGAUUUGAUGGAAAGAGCGCGACGGCCAAAGACGACCGGCGGCAUCACUGCUGCAGUGGCAUUGCCUCGGACAUCAAAGCACAAUGCAAUAACAUCUCCGUUGAAGAAGUCUACCACGGCUGCGCGGAACCCUGCACCACGGAUGUCGUCGUCGUCGAUGAUGUGCCCGCCGCUCGCGACAGAACCCACUCAGCGGCGACCUGCGAUUGCAGUCACCAAGAAAACGAUCCACCUCACCGCUAACAUUGAAGUCCAAGUAAGACCAGACGCAGCCCUCAUAGAGAGCAACCACGACCGCAUAACUGCGCUGGCGAAGCUCUCUCACCAGCAAACCUUGCAAGCUGACAUUGACUUCGACGGCCUUCGUCCACUUGUCGACAUUGCAUACUGGUCCACGUUUAGCGAAGUCCGCCGCGAUGCCGCGGCCGCCUUUGCUACCCUGAGCAAGAAUGGUACUUUCACCAUUCGUUAGUACAUGCUCUCACGUGACAGUAGCUGCCAACUUGGAGAUUCUGGCCCAAGCAGGUGGACUUGGAGCCGCUCUCGCACUUCUUCACGGUGCAAAAACCCACAUGGACUUGUGCGUGCUUCGAGACGCCAGCGACACGCUCUUCCAGCUUGUCCAGCUCUCGUCCAUUCAAGUCAAACUCCUGAACGCCCCCAACGGCAUUGCAAGCGUCUUCGCCCUUCUCCGCGUCGCUGACGUCCACGUGAAGCGAACUGCGCUGCGUAUAUUGCUUCAAAUGCUCAGUCUGCCGGACGCCGCAGCGAUUCUUGUCAAGUGUGGCGGGUUUUGCCUCGUCCUCCAUCUCCUCCGUACGGUCGCCACCCGGAAAGACACGAAACUGAAGCAGCUUGCAGCACUGCUACUGAAGCGACUGGCUGCCCCAGAGCGCAACAAAGACGUCGUGGCCGACGAGCCAGAGAUUGCCAAGAUGCUGUGCCAGCUUGUUCAGGAUCCUUACCUUGACACGGACGUGGCGUUCCGAAGGGACUUGCUGGAAGCGCUGGUCCUCCUAGCCCAAGACCGACGGGCUGCGCGCCAUUUUGUCGAGUUCAACAUUGUCCCGAGUCUUCUUCUGCUGCUUGCGUCACCGCCGCACCUGUUCACGACAUCUUUCCUCGUUCUGUCACUGCUCGAAUUGUUUGCGUCCAACCCGCACAACCUAUCGAGUCUGCUUCACGACGACAUAAUCCCGUCGGUUCUUGCUGCCGCCUUCCACGACCGUCCGCCGCAAGCACCCAUGUCCCUCUCCACGCCGACGGCUUCCAGUGGCAUGGACCUCACUGCUGUUCGGGUCAAGGCACUGAUGGUGUUCAAUCACGUUGUCUUGCUUCCACCUGAUAUUCGCCAGCCACUUGUGGAUUUUGGAGUUGUCGAGCUGAUCGCGUCGGAAAAGCUGCAUCUUUCGACGGAAAAGCGAAUCAAGAGGCUCACGGUGACCCUCCUGACAGCACUUGCUUGCGUCGACACACCGCAUCAAAUACCGAUGGAACGCAAUGCUGUGAUCACCGACAAACCAUUUCACUUGGACUUGAUCGCGCGAGGAUUCCUACCGUGCUUGUUAGACCUACUUCGUGACGACGUGGCGACUCGUGUGGAUGUUGUGACAGCGAUGUGGCACCUCUGCGAAAGUGAUUGCCCUCGUCUACUUCUCUGCAAAGAGCCUGUUCUGGAAGCGCUUCUUGCUGUAUCCAUCCAAAACGACCUCGUACUGAAGGCCAAAAUCGCCAAAGUAUUCGCCGACUUUGCCACGAAAGCAGAAAACACGCACAAACUCAUGGAGUCGAGGGUUGUCCUCUUCCUCGUCAAGAGCAUCGCGCCAUCGUGCAGAAGCGAAACGCUGAGGUAUGCCGACGCAGUUAGCGUGAUAUACGAGGCUGAUGAGGAAGGUCCUCCAGGUACGAAGCGACGCGGGCGUUUGUGGGAUUGGCAGCGGCAGCCGACCAACAAGUUCGUGACCGGAUCGUACGGAACGGUGUUGUCGGCUUCCUCAUGCGUAUCACCAAGCUUCAAGAUUCAAAAUGCGCUGUAGUUGCUGCUACCUGCUCACUUGCAUCCCUCGCUGUGCAGCAUCUUCGCCACGACGCUGCCGCGUUGCAGAUCCAAGGCAUCAUGCGAAACUGGCUGGUGCGAAAGGCGACACAGGCCAUGCGCUUGGACGCAUUCCCAGGUUGGACGUCUCCACGGAAGAAGCGUCUGCAGCACAUCGCAAUCCGCGCGGGAAAGGUCCUCGUACCCAAGCAGGAUGCGACGACGGAAGCGAUCCAAAGCCGAUUUCUCGGAGCGUAAUACUUCAAAAGAACCCGUAUAAAAUGAUCACGACUCUAAUUAU